AUGAGUCAGCAGUGUCCUUCAGUGUGCAGGUGCCCUAGCGGUACAGAAGUGCGCUGCAUCAACAAAGACCUUAUAGCGAUUCCUCCCAAUAUACCUCAGACUGUACAAAAACUCUAUUUGGACGGAAACCGUAUCGCCGAAAUCAAUAAUUCUCACAUCGCAGCAUUGCCCAAUCUCAAAGAACUUUACAUUCCAAGAAACGACUUGAAAACCGUACCCGGACAAACAUUCGCAAACUUGCCAAAUUUGGAGAUCCUCAGUCUCGCUUCAAACAAUAUUUCGUUCGUAGACAACGACGCGUUUCAAAAUUCACCAAAGCUUAAAUACAUUUUCCUAAAUAAAAACAGCCUAGUUGAAGUACCAACCGGCUUAGAGCGGCUUGACAAUCUGCAAAUUUUGGCGCUAGAUGAAAACAACAUUCGCAUAGUGAACGCCAUCUUCUUCAGUAGUCUGGGGUUCAUAAUAAGGAUUGAACUAAACAACAACCCUUGGUCAUGUGACUGUCAUCUUCGAGGUUUCAAGGAAUGGAUGUCAGAAACAACUUUAGAAAUCUCCCUUCGGGAAAAUGUCACGUGUGCUUCACCGGAGCAUCUCAUUGGCCGAUCCAUUGAUAACGUCGACGUUGCUGACAUGGCCUGCACUACGCAUAGAACUACAGAUAGCACAGCAGCUAAAGUAACAACGCCUACAAUAGGGGUGAGUGUACACAGCACAAGGACAACUAUUGCGUACUCCAGCCAAUCUAUUCAUGGCAAAACGUCUAGUGGAACAUCAGAUACCACACCCGUUCUGAGCACACAGAACCAUCUCACAACUGGAUCGAAAGAGAACCAAAUAACGCUAGGAAUGAACGCUAGCUCUACUAAACCCUUCAUAGCACCAAAGUCAACAUCCUACCACAGAACCGUCCGACCUUCGUCAUCCGGAUAUCAUGACGAUCGUCUUAUAUGGAUCGUAUGUGUCUUAGGGGCAGUACUGUUGGUUAUACUGUUUCUUGUCCUGUUGAUAUUUUUGUGGUACAAGUUUAGACCUCCACCAGACCCUAGGCCUGCCAUUCAUUUGGAGGACAAUGUUGGGUACAGACCAGAUGAAGAGGACCCUGGUGGUAGGAUACCAAAUGUUGAGAAUAAACCAGUGACGGAAGCGCAGCUUCAGACACUUGCUUCUAAACUUGGCCACGAAUGGGAGCAACUCAACUUUGAACUUGGAUUCAGCGAUGCUCAACUGUACCAAUUCAAGUGCAACCAUCCGGGCAACGUGCGACAAGCUAUUUUUGAAAUGUUGAAUACUUGGCGUCGGGAAAAACGUCGGGAAGCCACCAUAGGUCGCCUUGCAGAGCACCUGAAGAACAUUCCCGUGGAUGAGGAAAAUUAUAGGUUCUUGCUUAGUUGA